CUGUCCUUGUUACACACCACUCUAUCCCCAAACCACAACUCCUCUCUCCUCCUUAACACACAUACUCUCCCCCCCUCUAUCUCCACCCUCUACUUCUGCAAUGGCGACCCUGCAGUCACUUGCGUUCUCUUCUCCACUCUCACAAUGUCUGCAGCAACCACGCCUUCAUUCGGGCUUGUUAUGUUGGGGUGUUCAUAGAAGUGCAGAAUCCACAUUCAAUGGCAAGUCUUUGCGCGUGUCUCGUCCCCAGUGGGCGCCAUUAAGACGGUAUACUCAAGCAUCCAGGUCUAUUAAAAUGAUGGUCAAACCGAAAAUUCAGUUCAUCCAAGGGACCGAUGAACAGACAAUACCAGAUGUGAGGCUGACCAAAUCAAAAGACGGUACAAAUGGUGUGGCAAUUUUCAAGUUUGAGCAGCCUUCUGUGUUUGACUCCUCUGGUGAGUUUGGUGACAUCACUGGCUUUUACAUGAUUGACGAAGAAGGGGUACUUUCAUCAGUUGAUGUUAACGCCAAAUUUGUCAACGGAAAGCCUGCAGGAAUAGAAGCAAAGUACAUAAUGCGAACUCCGAGAGAUUGGGACAGAUUCAUGAGAUUCAUGGAACGCUAUGCAAAUGACAAUGGCUUGAGUUUCAUAAAAAAUUGAGGCAAUGUAUAUCCUUAUCUGUUGUCUUACUCGGAAAUCUUAUUAAUCCACACGUGUCCUGUAAUGCAAGUACAGCAUCGUCCUUCUGAUUCAACCAAUUUUUCUGCUCUUAAUUGAGAAUUCUGUCAGUACUCUGUAUUUUGAGUUAUAGAGGUGAGAAAGCCCAAAUUUCAAAGCCUUAUUUCUUUUAAUUACUCUGUUGUAAUUUGAAGAAUGAUACGAUGAAGGUAACAGAUUAGAUGAUCCA